AUGGCCUACUUCUUGCCAUCGUUCUUCCAGAAACGAUUGCUCCGAUAUGCUUUGUCUCGCCUUGAGCUCGUCGAUACCGAGGCCCUUGAUCUCGAUAGCCUCGGUAUCCGUUGGGGACAGCGAAGUACCGUCGAACUACGGGAUAUUGGUUUGAGGCUGGAGAAACUAGCUACGCUUCUUCACCUUCCACCCUCAAGCGAGCUCCUGAGUGCCCGUGUUCGUUUCCUGCAACUUACGGUCCCCGCGGAUAUCUACAGCAGCGGUAUCAUCUGUCACGCCAGCGGCAUCGACGUACACCUGAGACUGCUUUCGGAAGAGACAAGCCAUGCUGGACAAGGCGAUAAACCAACGGGCCCUGAUUCCAGGCAUGAUUCGGGCACCGAUCCGAUCAUCCCUAACCCGACCGAUCUUGCGCAGUCAUUUCUCCAGGCCGAGCCGAAGGAGGAGAAGGAGGAGCUGCAGGCUGCUAUAUCGUCCCAAUCACAGGUUCUCCAGCGUACACAGACGUCCAAUAGCGACGAUGAAGAGGAGCUUGGUCUUGGCAAUGAGACUGUUUCUCUGCCCAGUUUCGUGGCUGCAUUCCUCAAGGGUGUCGCAGACCGUCUGCAGGUUCAGGUGGAUGACAUAUCCAUCCGAGUCGAUGUCGAAACGAAACAAGACGGGCCGCUGAAGAGGCAGCCGGAGGACAAACCUGACUUGAUCACAGGACUCUUGAGCGUCGGACAAGUCAAGGUGGAUGCGGUGAGCCCACCUUCAAGCACAGGCGAGGCUUCAUCGCGAAAGCCGCGACGGUUAAUCUCCCUCUCCGACAUCAAUAUCGCUUUGAUAUCCGAACCGGUCGUUUUUUCCAAUUAUUCACGGUUUGCUGCUCCGGCAUCUCCAGAUACUCCCUUGCCGCCGAAGUCGAGCCGGCCCCCCAGCCGGGAUUCGACUCUUCCACCUGAGUAUGCAUCUGAUCAGAGUUCCGCUCUUGAGAUGACGAGGUCGACUAUAUUUGAACCGUCUCGUGGAGUCACCGAGUCUGGAUUGAUUGAACACAAUGCACCCGAAAUGGAAGGCUCUGUGUGCACCUAUGAUGGCAGGUUUUCGGAUGCGGACACGGAGGACGAGGCCAGGAGCUAUGGUUACAUGGAGGAUUCGCAGAAUCUCUCAGAUGAUGAUAGGCUAUUGGAUAAUCCUGCGUAUCUUGACUCUGUGAUCAACUCGCAGGUUUAUGAUGAUGAACUCGAUGGUCUGGACAACCUUCCGACCGAAGUUGGUCACCGCGCUCUGGAGAGCGGAGAUACCCCGCGCCUUCUGAGUCCAGAGUUGCACACAAUUGGAGCAGCAUCACACUGCAGUGAUACACAAAACGCUAUGAUCCUUGCACCUAGGUCACAGGUACCGGACGUCGGUGGGUUCGCGCAGGACAACCUACAUCCUCCUGGGGCGGUCGGUAGUGUUGCCCGACCGGCGUUGCCCGAGAUCGAAUCGGAUGUUGCUCACAAUACAGAGCUAUAUACAGAUGAUCAAAUGUCGCCCCAUGCUUCUGUACCUCCUUCCGAAGCGGGUAGUUCAAGCUCGACGUCUGGAUCCUUCGAUCAUGGAGAGCUCUCUGAGUCUAGACUCUUUUCUAACGAGGAGGCACAGAGUAUGUAUAUGAGUGCUGUGAGCCAUGACUCGAUGUCUCGAAGCUUUAUGCCGAAUAUUCCUGGUGCCUGGGAUUCACCGGAGUCUACGAUGAUUAGGGGUCCAAAUGCUCAUGUGCACCAUGCAGACCAGCGCGACGUACAAUCGGAUCACUAUCAUGAGGAUGAUGACGAGGCCAUCGCUACCCCCAAACUUACUGCUCAGACAGGGUUGCAUAUCUCACAGGAAUGCCUUAUGGAUAAUCCCCAGAAGGCUCAUGAUCCGAUCGACCAAGGAUCUGCUCAGGAUUCACCGGAGCUGAAUAAGCUCCCAGAUGUGGCAAGGAGAUUUUUUAGCAUCGACAAGGUCCUGAUUUCAAUCCCUUCUGUGGAUGAAGACGGCGACAUUGCGGACGACGUAUCGUCCGUAGCCUAUGAUGAAAAAGAAACUUCCGGGUUGGAAGAGACGACAGCAUGUUUGCGUGACUCUGCAAGUGCGGACGAAUUGGCCGCUUCUACUACACAUGCCUCUACACGAAACCGCAGUGAUACAAUAAGGCCGUUUACUUCGGGGAAAGAGGGAGCUGAGAAGAGGACACCGCGUCUUUCACAAGAUGAUGAGCAUAAGUCGCAGUCUAGCCGCAGUUCGAAUGACAUGGAAAUUGAGAUAUUUUCGGUGGAAGUUCAACUUGACAUUGCCAUCGGCUGGCUUGUGAUCAAAAUUGGACAGCGGAUUCUCGAGGCUUUUGGGAAUGACAGCGAGGACGCCCCGAAGAAGGGUCGUCCACAGGAGCACGUGCAAGAGCGGCAGGCAAUCAAAUUGGCUCUUCAAAAUUUAUCCAUCAAAUUUGUCGAGCAUGUUCCGGAGCACUCCUACCCCAUUGAAACCCAUAGUCCAACCUUCUUCGGGCUGUUGCAUGAUGAGGUCUUGUUGCAGACAUGUAUCUCGGGAUUACAAGCGCAGUUCUUGGCAGAUAAGGAUGUCACAAAACUUCACCUCAACAUCAAAAAGUUUACCCUUGGGUUUGCCUCUGAGCAUCUGAUCUCAUUUAGCGAAGAGUCCAAGAUGCGCGACUCUGUCAGAGACAUUUCGUCAGCCGAGCAAGGGGAUAUCGAUCUUUCAAUCAAGAAAUCACUUGAUUCCACCACGGUCAAUCUCAUGACACUUCCUCUACAACUUAAUUUGAACGUUCAGCGACUGGAGGAGGUUGUAGGUUGGGUCGGCGGGUUGAGCACCAUCUUGGAACUUGGAAGCUCGAUCUCGUCGGGUUCAACCGGCAAGGGACCGAAGAAAGAACCCCCGAAGCGUCCUCGUGGAGUGCACUUUGAAGAAUUCCCUCCACCGGCAGCUACGCAGCAGACCGACUCGGCACCUUUGAAGGUCAAUGUCAGGAUUGGGGGAGUCGCAGUGAACGUUAUCGGAGAAACCCAUUACAUCAAAUUGAUGACAACAGCUGCCAAGAUUAUAAGCAGGCCUAAAUUCAUAGCUGUACAAAUAGAUAAGGCCACGCUGUCCGGCCCAUUGCCUCUGGACGACGCUCGGGACGCCCCUGCCAACAUACGCCUGGCUGAUAUCAGAAUUGAGUACCGUUUUUCCCCGAAGGAAGAGGAUCUUGAUCGGCUAUUAGGUUUGAUCACUCCGUCAAAGGACAAAUAUGACGAAGAUGACGAUAUCAUGCUGGACACACUAUUUCGUCAGCGGAGACAGGGAUCUGUACUUUGUGUUACCAUCUCUGAAACCAAGUUUGUUGUUUCUCGGACCACUGACUUGGAAUCCAUUUCUCAACUUGCGGAAGAGCUAAGCAGGCUAUCGAAUGUCACGAAGUAUCUACCCGAGGAUGACCGUCCCGGUGUCCUAAUCCUUGCUUUAAUCCGUGAGUGCGAGGUCCGAGUGCAUAUUGGUGGGAAAGUGGGUGAGAUAACUGCAACUCUUCGGGAUGCUGAAGCGGCAUAUAUUAGCCUACCUUCGCUUAUUGCCGCGCAGGUGGGAUCCAUAGCGGUUGUCAGAAACAGGAAUGAAGAGCUUGUGGGAGAUGCAUCAGCGAUCAUUCGGGGACCGGGCUGGAACCAAACCCAGCUUCCAGUUCUGAUGGCUCGCUAUAUCGCGGAUGAGAUGGACCCCACGGUCAAGGUGAAGUUACACAAUUUCCGCGCGGAAUACACGCUUCCCUCCAUCAUGGCCUUCUUGGGGCUAAGCGAAGAUAUGACUACUGGGGACAUGGCUGCCAACAUGGCAAGCUCUUUGGUGAAUCUUGCCGAGCUGCAACCUGCACCUCAGGACGAUCAAUCAUCGGUAAAGGAGAGCAAUCCUGAAAAUCCCCCGAAGCCUAUCAAGUUGUCAGUGGAUUUGCGAGACUGCGUGCUCGGUCUCAACCCGCGCGGCACGGCCGCGAAAGGCCUCGUUGUCCUCACGAACGCCAAGUUUUCUGGGGCGAUACAUGACCCCGUGUCUUCAGACGCCACGCUGGAUCUCCGGAAAGUGUCUGUGAUGAUAAUAGACGACAUGAAAAAUGUCGGCUAUACAGAUAAUCUGCACCGAAGAAGCUCAGCUCCUCCACAGAGCAACCAAGUGCAAUCUCUCAUCGACCACGGCUUUGUGUCAGUAUGCUCAAUAUCUGCAGCCACGGCUACUGUUAAGAUUAUGCGCUUGAGUGACGAUGGAAUGAAGUCUCUUGAUGUGGAGCUGAGGGACGAUCUGCUGAUUCUGGAAACCUGCGCCGAUUCAACGCAGACCUUUAUAAGCAUAGUCAACGGGCUCCAACCUCCUACUCCUCCUAGCGCGGCCACAAAGUACCGUACGGAGGUUCUUCCUAUUCAGGAUAUGCUAUCAUCAUUCACCGGCGAUGCCUUCGUUGCAGAUAUGCCAGAGGGCAACCAAGUGACGACGGACUCUGCUGAUCGAGUGCAGGGAGAGGGGCAUCUGGAGGAUGAGCGGGACUAUGUCAGCGACUUCCAGCAUGUGAACCCAGGCUCAGAACCUGGCUUUGGGGUGGAGGGCAUGGGGGCUUCGGGCUCAAAUGAACUUCUUGAUAGCUUCCACUCGCUGUAUUAUGUGUCAUCCAGUGUCUCUGACCUUGACUUCCGCGAGGACCACUUUGCACAACAAUCGGCUGUCGGCGGUACAGCACACCGCUGGGAUUCUACACAGAACACCUACGGGCUCUCAGAUGACUCCAAACUUCAGAGAAGUCCGUUGAGGAUCCGGGUUCGCGAUGCCCACGUCAUCUGGAACCUAUUUGACGGCUAUGACUGGCAGCGAACUAGGGAUACUAUAACGAAAGCCGUGAAAGAUGUGGAGAGGAAGGCCAUUGAACGGCGUGCACGUACUGGCAGUCGGGCAUCUCCCAGUUUUGAUGAGGAAGAGGAGUCGGUGAUUGGCGACUGUUUGUUCAACUCGAUAUAUAUUGGGGUCCCUGCCAAUAAGGAUCCCCGCGAUAUUCGCAAUGACAUCAACCGCAACAUCGAUGACCUCGUCAGCGAGACGGGUAGCUAUGCGACUACGACGACUGUCACUGGGGCCACGGUACGGCAAAGCCAGUCGCCCUCCUUCCGAGGAAAGAAGUUGCGCCUGUCUCGAAGUAAGUACCAUAAGAUGACUUUUGAACUCAAGGGCAUCUGUGCCGACCUGGUCGUUUUCCCGCCCGAUUCUGGCGAAACGCAGAGCUCCCUGGAUGUCCGUAUCAAUGACCUGGAGGUAUUCGAUCAUGUGCCCACGUCUACAUGGAAAAAAUUCGCAACGUACAUGCAUGAAGCGGGCGAGAAGGAGAGUGGGACAAGCAUGAUCCAUCUGGAGAUAUUGACCGUGCGGCCGGUACCGGAGCUCGCUGCAUCCGAGAUUGUCCUCAAAGCAACUAUUCUUCCUCUACGGCUGCAUGUUGAUCAAGAUGCCCUGGAUUUUAUCUGUCGCUUCUUUGAAUUCCGGGAUGAUUCGGCACCCACACCGGCUGCCCCAAGCGAUAUUCCAUUCCUACAAAGAGUCGAGAUCAAUGCCGUUCCUGUGAGGCUCGACUUUAAGCCCAAGCGGGUUGACUAUGCGGGGCUGAGGUCUGGUCGUACGACUGAGUUUAUGAACUUCUUCGUCUUAGACGGGGCCGACAUGACCAUGCGGCACGUUAUCAUCUAUGGCGUGUCAGGGUUUGACAAACUCGGGCAAUCGCUCAACGACAUAUGGAUGCCAGACAUCAAGAUGAACCAACUUCCAGGUGUCCUGGCUGGCCUGGCUCCUAUCCGGUCCUUGGUCAAUGUUGGCGGAGGCGUCAAAGACCUAGUGGUGGUUCCCAUGCGUGAGUACCGGAAAGAUGGCCGCAUUGUGCGAAGCAUCCAGAAGGGUGCCCUGUCUUUUGCCAAGACCACAUCGAACGAACUCGUUAAGCUGGGAGCCAAACUUGCUAUCGGAACUCAAACGGUGCUGCAGGGUGCUGAGGAUCUCCUAACCACUCCCAGUGUGUCGGGAGGUCCAGACGAGGAGUAUGGUGACGAUGAAGAGGCCAAGAAGAUCUCGCUGUACGCAGACCAACCAGUAGGUGUGGUGCAAGGCCUUCGAGGCGCAUUCCGGGGGCUGGAGCGCGAUUUGCUUCUGACACGGGAUGCCAUCGUUGCGGUCCCCGGAGAAGUCAUGGAGAGCGGGAGCGCCAAGGCCGCCGCUAAAGCUGUCUGGAAGCGCGCUCCAACAGUGGUUCUCCGACCCGCAAUUGGCGUUUCCAAGGCCGUGGGACAGACGCUGCUGGGGGCUGGGAACACGCUGGACCCAAGCAACCGGCGGAAAAUGGAAGACAAAUACAAACGCCACUAA